GAGCAAACAGGAACAGAAAGUGGAGCCUUGUAACCAUAUGUUUAUAUGUGUGUGUGUGUCUUAGUGUGUGAGGGUGAUACAAGAAGAAGCAGACAAUAUGCCCGAAGAGAAAUUUCUUUGACUGGAGGGCACUUGACUUGGAGACAACUUCCUGGAGGAAGCUUCAACUAAAUCAAGAGGAAGGCCAUGUCUUGGUGAUAUCAACUCCAAUAACUACUUCAGCUGAUGGAUUUAUGACCACCAAAUGUCAGAAUGUGCAUCCAUCCUCCUAAAAAAGACCUUAAGGAUUAACUAAACCCUGCACCUUCGAGCAUCCUAAAGCCAUGGAUGAACCUGCAGAGAGCAUCCGCGACUUCUUCAACCAGCUCUGGAGCUUUGUUGUGGAGAAACACAAGCAAGGAAUCCACAACACCAUCUGCCUGGUAGUCCUCCUCACUCUGCCCCUGUUGGUCCUUCUCACCGCCUUGCUAGUGUGCUGCCACUGCUGCUGCUGUCGCCAUGCCAACAGAUGCUGCUGCAAAUUGGGUAGAGGAGGUGCAACUGCAACGUUGGAAUCAAAGAAGAAGAAAAAGAAAAAGAAGAAAAAUUCAGACAAUAAUGACGAUUUGUGGAUUUCGGUCAAGAUGGGGCAGAUGACACCCGAUCGGGUGGCCUUGCCCAUGAGCUAGGAGACGAAGGACAAAGGAGAUGAAAUGUAACAGUGUUUAAAGCAGAUGUAGUGUAUGGAGCGCUGCCGUGUUUACAACAUUUAGUUUGUGGUACAGACAUUAAUAAGCCAUAGUAACAUUCCAGAUAGCUGCAGAUGUGUGUCUCCAAGAUACUCGGAGUGUGUAUGAGUGUGUGUUCUUGAAGCUCCCGUGUGAAAUUCAUUGUGUCUGCAUUCAGGAGGGCGAGCCCAUUUCAAGGUUGGCUGUGACUGCUACUGCCUACUUGUCACAAGCAAUAUACCGCAUGAUGAUGGCUCACUUUUAAAGUAAAAAAAAAAAAAAAAAAAACAACGUAACUGUUCUUUCUUUUGAAUUUUGGGUUAUAAAUUCAAUGCACGAUUUCACUGUCAUUGCUGGUUUGGGUUGAUACAGUAUAUUCCACUCUGCUGGCUUCUUCUGCAUAUACAAAACCCAGCGCUUGCCCUUUAAAAUGUUACACAUCAACACUGCACAGACAAAUAUUGGGGCCACUGAGCAGUACAUCCACAUGAAGUGAAAAUAGAAGAAAAUAAGGAAUUUGGCAGCUACUGUAAUCUGUUUAAUGACAUGGCAUGAACGACGUAUACCACCCCUCAUACAUCAUCAACCUGAUUUCAUUAAAUUACCCUGAACUCUGAGGUGCGCUAUGAAAGCAAUCCACACAAGUACCAAUAAUUAUUAAUUGUGUUGGAAAGGUCUUGGUCAUAAAAGUUCAUGGAAUUUUUGUGGGAAAGGGCUGAUUGGGUAUUAGCAUAUGCUGGCACUCAGGCCCUGCUCAUUUCAUUAUGGCACUGAAUAAGUUCUGCUUUGUUUAUUGUGAUAAUAAAAGCCUUUAUUUAUUAAAUAAUUUGAAGGAGAACUCGAUCAAGUCAUGUGAGAAUCAGUGCCACCGUUAUUACCUGAGAUAUUUGCAUUCCUGCUGCACCUGCAUGUUAUUGUUGUCACUGACCACAUUACACCAGCGGGCGGCGCUACGCAUGAAGUACUCGACUUGCUUCACACUGUGUUACCCACGAAGUAGUGCGCACACUAGCUUAACAAACCAGACAUCCGAUGGCAACAGCCCGGUGCGGAUAAGUCAAAUGGCAAGUGAAGAUGAAUAAGCAGCAGGGGCAGGGCCUCACCUUGUGAUUAUUUACGAGAAUUCUAUGCAUAGAUUCCAUUUCCGGGAAAAUGUUGUCAGCCUCGCCAAUUUCAAAUUAGAAAAGGGAUUUGGAGUUGAAGCAUUCGUCCAGUGUGAGAAAAUAUCUGCAAGUCUUUGACAAUCAGGAACAGGAAAGAACACCCCCUGGUCACACUGCCUGGAUCCUUCAGGAGUAUGAUUUUCCAGCAACAGGUAGACCAAUUAAUAAUGGAUUGUUGGCGAUUUACAGCCUCUGAGUAAGGUUGACGAACCCUUCAGGUGAUGGAUGUCAUAGUUUUUUGUUUUUAUGUAAACAACAUCAGUGUUUGAACUAGUUCAAAACUGAAAUGGCGUACGAACGUGAAGUAUUCAUAUUUAUACUGUGUGAGCUAGUUGUCAUGAGCUAGUACCGCUGUGGAAGUCGUGUUUCCAGUAACGGGCAAUGUUUUAACAACGGCGAAAUGUACCGUGUUUUAUCUGACGCCCGUUUUUAACUGUAUUCUGACAACAGUGCUUGGUUGCAACACCGUAGAACUCCAACUUGCACACCAUCUUGGCAACCUAAUCACAUCCAUACAACACUUCCUCAUAUUCCACCAAUCACACGCAGGGUGCAUUCACGGAAUCCAGACAUUAACACAAAACACAAGAAGCACGCCAGAUAUUUGAAGGUUUCUCAAAAAAGUAACACAAUAAUAGUUCCCCUGGUCACUAAUUACAUUUAUGAAGGAGUAAAUGUGAUACAAAUUCAACGACUUUCUAGCAAAUUAAGUUGAAAGUUUAUCUAAUUAAUUUUUAAAAAUAAUUCACACUAGUCAUAACAGUGGAAACCCCAAAGUGUAUUAGAUGGAAAAUAUGCCUCACGACUUACUGUAAGAACUCAGGUGAGAUUAAACUCCACAAGUGUGUUUUGUCAUACCAUCACAAAAACCUUAACAGGAUGAAGAGGCUUGCUUCCCAGACUCACAUAAUCUCCCGUGAAUAUUUUCCAGCAUGUCAUCAAAAGACUAUUCUCUCUGGUCAUCAUCAACGACCGCCUCUUCCUGCUGGAGAACUUUCCUACAGGCCGGAUCUUCAUUUCGGUGAAGUCCAGGGAUGCCAGGUGGCCCGUCCACGGUUCCCAGUUGAUCCCCUGAGAGCAAGGAAGGAAAAGGGCGACCUUGAAGCUGUCAUAGACUGCGUAGGCCCUCUCGGAGCCUUGGCCCAAGUCGAACCUCAGCUCGUACUGGGUGGGAGUGUUGGUCAGCUCGUAGAUCUUAUCCAGUCCUGAGGCGAUGAUGCUGACAAUGUACCUCUUGCCCACCUGGAGACUAGACAAGGCAAAGGUGCUGUCUCUGGAGCCGAGCUGCUUCUCAACAGCCUGAGCACAAAAUAAAAACAACAGUGAUGAAGAUAAAAGCAACUGUUUCACCAAAGAAUCCAAAGAGUCAUGCAGGAUGAAUUGGAGAUAAUGCAAACUCCACACAGAAGAACACUGGAACAGAACAGGUGAGGAUGUAGCCUUCAAUGUCAGCUAGAGGAGGAAUCCAGGUCAACGUGGCUGAAUCCAUGGUCACAUCCAAAGCCUGCAAGUCCCUGGGAGCAUCGAUAUCUGUCAGAUAAAUCACAGCAGGUGUCACAUCAAUAAUUCAUGCAAACCAUGUAGAUGACACCGGGCCUCAAACCAGUCAGACUGUGAGAAUCAACCUCAGGCCCGACACGUAUCUCCCCACUAGCACCCUCAGAGGAGCUGUAUGUGAGCACAUAGCUGUCGAUAUCUGCCAGGACCUGCUCCCAGGACACCUUGAAGCUGGUCUCGGUUUGGUCUCGGGUUAAGAGGUUAGCGGGAGCGUCCAGUUCUAUGGGAAUACGUAUGUUAGUUGUAGAGGCAGUUAAUGCUACAAACAGUUGUUUGUAUUGUUUAAACAAGCAUGAGGAUUAGUAAGAAGCAGACUCUUUAUACCUAUGAUGCAAGGUGGCGGUUGUCAUUAUUAUUAUCAUUAAAACAGGAUUUUUGUUCUUAAACAAAUUGUCUCAUGUCUUAAUAGGCCUGGGAUGAUAAUCAAUUAAUUAAUGAGGUUGUGGAAGCCACUUAUAGAAGUUGCUAAAGAGUUGAGUGGAGCAUAAACUGAUUGGUUCCACCUACUCUCAACUCGUUGUGAAUCACAUCUCCACAUGACACUUUUUAUUCAAGAGAAGACUGAGGGGACUGCUGCAGCAAAGCAGACACUAUGGAGUGCAGUACUCACUGAGCUAACUUCCGCGUAUGCCAUUAUUUUUGCUAUUUAAAACCUCAUAGUACUUUUGUCAGUGGAAAUGUGUCAAUAGCACCUACAGCUAGGCCAAGAAAAUACAUAAAAAAUGAUAGGGAACCUGUCUCUGCUUGUGUGAAAGUCUUCUUGCUGGCUUUGCUUCCCCUCACAGCCAAGAUGGAGACAUUGUGCACCACACCGGGCUUUAAACCACUCAGACUGUAAGAAGCAGCAUCCGGUUCCAAAGAGAUUUCCCCACUGGAGCCAUCCAAAGAAGUGUAGGUGAGGAUGUAGCCAUCGAUUUCUGCCUGGACCUGAUCCCAGGACAGUUUGAAGCUGGUUUCUGUCUCCUCCCGGACUAAGAGGUUAGUGGGUGCAUCCAGCUCUACAUGAGGAGGAGGGGUAUAGGAAAUGGAUGGAUGGAUUAUUUUUUUGCAUUGUUGGAAUUAUUAUAUUUUCAUUAAAUAAUAAUAAAUAUAGCCUGCACGGCAGUCGAGUGGUUAGCACGCAGGCCUCACAGCUAGGAGACUGUUUCCACUCUCGGCCAUCUCUGUGUGGAGUUUGCAUGUUCUCCCCAUGCAUGCAUGGGUUUUCUCCUCGUAAUCUGGUCCUUUCCUCCCACAUUCCAAAAACAUGCUAGGUUAAUUGAUGACCCCAAGUUGUCCAUAGGUAUGAAUGUGAGUGUGAAUGGUUGUUUGUCUAUAUGUGCCCUGUGAUUGGCUGGCGACCAGUCCAGGGUGUACCCCGCCUCUCGCCCAAAGAUAGCUGGGAUAAGCUUCAGCACCCCCGUGACCCUUGCGAAGAUAAGUGGUAGAAAAUUAAUUAAUUAAUUAAUUUGUAGAUUUAUUGAUGUGUCACAAAUAUAACAUUGUAGCAAUAGAGAGUAUGUAUAAAUUUCAGGCAUUUUUAUCAAUGUGCACUCUCAGUAUGUGUGAGUUCAUACACAGAGUUGUUGUAUUGUAUUAGUAUGACUGUACUGUGGCAAUAAUGUUUUAAUACUGUAUGUGCCUGCUCGUUGUGUCAAACAAACAAACCUGACCAUGCUGUCCAUUCCUCACAAAUCAGCUUCUUGCAAAGGCAAGGAGACAGAAACAGCUGCAGAACUUCUCUAACAUAAGUAUACAAGUCGGCAGAACAUAAAUACACAUGCAAGGCAACAUUUUGAGGGAAAUUCAGCACCCUCUCAGGAAGAUGUCCAGUUCAAUUAUGGUGAGUUGCCUUUUUGUUUCAAGUGCCCCCCCUGGUACUAUAUAAAAUACACAACUAGUUCAUGUAAUGGUUAUCAUACUGUAAAUCUUGCAUUUAGUUUUUAUAGCACAAAGUUUGUGUCAAACUUUACUCUAUAUUAUGUAUUCAUGAUAUGGUGUGGUUUAUUUGUAUUAUCAAUCCAUUCUAUAAGUGGUGCACCUGCAUCCAUCUUGCCUGUACAGUGUUUGUUUACAGUAAUAAAACAGGACAAAAAUAAUUAAAAAGAAAAAUAUUUUGUUUUUACGUUCAAAUAAAUACUGGAGUACUGGAGCAAAAAUUUGGACGGAAUUAUGUGGUUCAUGAGCAAUUUGCGAACAUUGAUUCAGUAAUAAGUUAUUGGCCACGUUCAAUGUAUUUCUGUCACUUAAUAAGCUAUCUACAAACCAACUUUAAUAUUACACAUUUUAUCCUUUUACCCCUAUUAGAAAAUCACCUGAUACAUGGGAAGUGAACAAAAAAUUAGUAAUUGUAGCAAUUAAUAAACAAGGAGAAGAGGUAGGAUUAAAUAAGCUCCGCUUCUUCCUACUCCUUUUCAAACAUGUUGAACUGUGUAAACAUACAGUAUGGUGUACUUGAAUGUAACAAAACAGAGAGCAGCGAAGCAUGCAAGCAUAUUCAUGAGUGACAUUGCAUGCUGAGUAUGACAAAUUCAUACAUGCUGGCACUUCUGAACUAAUAUUGAAAGUCCCCCCUACCUUUCAUGCCCCCACACACUAUAUGCCAUAUUUGUGAAGCAAAAAUCAAAUAAACAGGACAGUAUUUAAACUUACCUGUCUCAGCUUCUGUGGAACUCUUCCUGCUGACCUUGUCUCUCCUGAAAGCCCAGAUGUAGACGGUGUAGGCCACACCAGGCUUCAAGCCAACUAGCCUGUAUGAGGUCAUGUCACGACCAACUGGGAUUUCGACACUGGAGCCCGCAUCUGAUGUGUAGCUCAACAUGUAUCCAUCUAUUUGGGCCUGGACCCUGUCCCAGGAAACUGUAGCUGUGUCUUCUGUUACCUGAGUGGCGAUCAGGUUUUUUGGAACGUCGAUAUCUGAGAAGGUAAGAAGAAGGUAAGAUGGCUUUUUAUUGUUACUGUUGAUUCGCAAACUUUGAGCAGUACUGAGAGGGUCUUGUCUGUGGUUAUGUGACACCACAUGGAAUUGUGUGGGCCUUCCAUGAUGAUGAUGCAGGGUGUCACUUUGUAUUGAGAGAAGAUUGAUGAUGGCGAGGAAGUAUACAAGCACCCCGCAGAGACUGGGAAAGUGGAGGGAAAUGUAAAAACAAUCAUCAUUAGGGUUUAUUCCUUGGUGCACCUCAAGGUUCGUCUUGUGUCAAAGUGAUGAAGAUUGAUUGAUGAUAUCCAUGUGUUAAAACUCCACUCCAUCCUCUUCUUUUUCUCUCUCUUGCGGUAUCACUGCUUGAUGGUCCAAAGCAUAUUUCACGGCCUUAAGCUAUUUGUCAGCUAACCGUUGCAGUGAGUAAAAUGUUUAUGUCGCUCUUGGGAUCCCCAUCAAGUCGACAGGUGUAAUGUACUUUCAAGUCACGGUGGUAAACACCAAUCAUCAGCUGUAAUGCUAUGUUCAGUGAUAAACACAUGCUCAUGAGCUAAAGCUGAAAUAGUCACAAAAAGGAUGGAUGUUCACCAUGAACAUUAAUGAUAAUCUGUAGCAGAGAUAGUUAACCAGAACAUAAAAUUAAUUAAUUAAGAGUAAUCUGCACUUUUAUGCUUGUGGUUUCCUCGCAGUGAAACACUAACUCUAACCACUGACAGAUUUGAUGGUUUGACAGAUCCCAUUGGACCACGUAAGGUGUCCCCCAACAUUUGCUUCUGCCAUCCAUUCAUCCAUGUGCUAUUGCUUACACGGGCCUAGCUACUGAAUUGGGUCUAAAUAAGGAGCAGCUGCAGGAGUAAGCCUUUUUCCCCCCUUUACUUUACCUUUUCUCUGCUACAGUAAGCUGUUUUAUAUCUUCUAGCACGUUAGCAGCUUGGAUAGGUCCACUCCAUGUGUCUUUGAUUAGCCUGUUUUUUUCCCCAAAGUUGGCCAUUUGAGAUGCUUGCCUAAAAUGACAAAUGUGGGAGGAAACUUAAGCAGCCUCACCUUAUUUAUUAAUUGGUCAUUCCAAAAAUAUUCAUGCUAAGCUCUAAAUUGUCCAAAAGUGUGAAUGUGAGUACAGAUGGUUGUGGUCUAUAUGUUCUCUGUGAUUGGUUGGCGACCAGUCCAGGGUCUACUCCGCUUAUCACCCAAAGACACCUGGGAUAGGCUCCAGCAUACCCUAGUGAGAACAAGCGAUAUUGAAAAUGGAUGGCUGGAUGGUGCCAAUAGAUAAAAGAUUCCAAGUCGAUAAUGAUCCACUUCAGUUAUCUUUGGAAAGCCUAAAACGAAGGAUGGUCACCUCUUGCAUGGGCAGAGUCUGUUCAUUAGGAUAUUUGACAUACAUUCAUAAUCACAUGUAAUCACCAAAUGAGCAGGUGAAUGAUGUUUUGACAUGAUACAACUGAAAACCAUGAAAUUAGCUAUGAGUUCAUGAGCAGCAACAAUUUGAAAUACAAAAUGAUAAAUAUUUAUACUCGUGUUCUAAAAACCAGUCGAAACAAAUGUCCCUCAAAGUCCAACAUUACCAUAUGGAUCCAGUACAUCACCUCAACCAUUGGCUAGCAUCUUGUAGUCGUUACACCAAAUCAUAUCACGUUUCCCCUCACUGUGAGCACGCACCAUUCGAAAUAGCCCAUGUUAUGAGCUUGUAAAUUCCAGCCCUUUACGUCAUUAACCCAUAAUUACAGCUCAUGGUGGUGGUACUGUACUCUUUAAUUGUCCUGUUAUCUUUGGCCGUGUGUGUAAAAGUUAUAUUGUAUGUUGUCAAAUACAACAGGAUUCUGAUUUUCCUGUUAAUUUCUGGGGCUGUUUUACAAGGGCAAAAAGGCGAGGUCUAUAGUAGACCAAUUAAAAGCACAUACUGUAUCCUUGUUGCUUCAGUUCCAUGAACUGUUUAUCUGGUUUGUCCCAUUCACAAAUGGCCGUAAGUAACAUAAACAGAUACCAUCUGCAUUUAAUCAGGUCGGCAACAAAAAAUUAUAUUAUGGUGCUGCCAGGUCUCAAGGGGGUUAUGAUAUAAUCUAACAACUAUCUACAGCAAAAGCUAAGGUAUUAUAAAUGUAAAAACACCAAUAUAUUGAUGUAUACUGCCCUUUAUGCGGCUUCUUUCCAAAAUGUAACAGUAAUCAAAGUUACAUAAAGUUGUGAUAAAAAUGAACAACUCUAUCCAAAUUUUUCAUCCAGUCUGCAUCAAAAUUAAAUGUGCUCUUGCUAUGCACAUAUUUCAGUUAUCCAAAAAAUGUUUCAUAGUAAUCAGUGGUACAGUUUUGUGUAAUCUUGCUCAUCAACAAAGCAGCCAACUAACAUGCGUGUGCUUGGAGGAGGUAAUAAUGAAUGUUCUGACACCAACCUGUAGAACCUGUGACCGAUGAAGGGUUGCCCUCAGAGGUUCCUUUAACGGCCUGCACUGUAAUCAGGUAUUCUGUUCCUGGAUACAGACCUGCAGAAAAGAAUGCAGUCAGCAUACUGCCAUCUCAAAUUUGCUUCUUAUAAAUGUCAGCAUCAUUGUCCCCUUACCCGUAAUGGUGUGUUUUGUUCGUGCCUCUUGGCUCCUCGGUACGCUCAUCUCCUUCUCCUGUCCUGAUGGGUCGGUGUGUGUCAGCCGGAAGUAAUCUACCUUGGAUCGUGGGUUGCUCCAGUCCACCUGGAUGGAGACUUCUGUCUGGUCAAGAACUCGGAUGUCAUUGACUGUUGAGACCCCUAGAAAGGAUACACAUGGACUUUAAGGUGCAUGCUACAUAUUAAUAACAUAUUAAUGUUAUUAAACAGGACUAAUCAGUGGGCACCACAGUUUGUACCUUUUCCAAGGCCAAAAACAGUUAAAUCCCCAUAAUGCAUCAUGUUAAGAGCAUGUUUCUGUAUGAUGUGUGUAGUGUAGUUCUACUCAUUAAAAAUCCUUCCUUGGCGAUGUGGCAAAUUGACCUCAAAAUAUAAUUUUGCAAUACUUAAAAGAGGUGGAAGGAUUUCUAAAUGUUCUAUUGGAAGUUCAUUUGAACAUAGCUCAAUUUCCCAUCGCCGACAUCAUGUUGUUGUUGAGAUAGUAAACUAGCCAACACUAGUGCCUCUGCUGGUUGAAGCUGAAGUGCACCCCAUUUUUCCUCAUCUGAUUCUAGACACUACUUAUCAACCAGCAGUUCCUCAGAGUCGAUGGAUUAAUUGACUAAUCAGGGUAGCCAUUCUUCUAAUACACAAAAAUAGUUCUUAUGUUAAACACAAGAAUACAACAUUUUAAUGUCUGCCUCUGCUGAGCCUUCUUCUUUGCAGACUCACAAUCCAGACCAAGUGUAUAAGUGUUGGUUUUCCAUGGCAACUGUAAUCACGUUUAAGAAUCCGCCUCAAUCUGUCCGGUCUGUGUGUCUCUCUGCUCACAUCUGUCUCCCUUCACAUCAGUGAGGAAGUCCGAUUCACAUUAAACACAUCCGUGCAGUCAUUUCCUCAUAAUGAGCCUUCAA